AACGAAUGUAUAAUCUAGUGGUAAAAAUAUUGGCAAUUAAACUUUGUAACCUUUUCUUAUGUAAAUUUAAAAACUAAAUAAAAACCUAGCAUAUUGAGUAAUUGGAAUUUGCGUAUACAACUAUCGUUACGAGUUAUUUAACCCUCUAGCCAGCAGACCCGCCUUAAGGCAGGCUUUAUUAAAAUCUCAUUUAGAGAUGCAUUUUUUUGGCCACAUAGCGGCAAUCCCGCCUUUGGGAUGGAAUUUGUUUCGUGUCUGACGUACUUAGAACGGCUAUUGGUUCGCGUGUUUUUUCAGUAGAGUCAGUCGCGUAUGUGCCGCCUUAGUAAAUUUACAGAAUAAUUAUUUCGCUAUAAAUGAUAUUUUCUGUGCUAUAAAAUAAAUACAUGUAGCGAUCUGUUCAAGCCAAAAAAUUUACAGAUAUGACAUCAAACAAUAAAGGACAGCCCGGGAAGCAUCCCCGAGAGCCUGAAUUAUAUGACUUAUCUCAAGUGACUUCGGACGAAAUGUUUGAACUUUUGGACAAUGUAAAUAUAGGACCUGACACUGAUAUUGAAGAUGGGCUGGAAGACGAUUUUGACGAUGAUGAUAGUCUUGCUGACCCAGAUUUUUGUCUUGAAGAUGAAAUAAAUCAAUGCAACGAUUUAACUUCUGAAUCUUCUACGCCUGACAACCAAUUGUUGACAUUAGAUAUUGAAACACCUGAUACCUCACAGCCAUCGACAUCAGGGAAUUAUUCAACUGAAUCACAAAAAAAUUCUGUUGUUGCAAGAGUUUUAUCCCCGUUGACUUCAGGUGAACCAUCUACUUCAUUUCAACGACAGCAAAAACGACCACGUUCUCCUCUGCCAGAAUUUGAAGAUGGGCCUGAUGUUUCCGAGCCUAACACAGGUGGGUUUACGGGAAACCCAAGUGCACUUUUAACACAGUCAAAAGAAUGCAAAGAAAUAAUUUGGCGUAAACAGCAUUUGCAGCUAUAUAAAAAUGAAGUGGUAUUCCGUGGAAGCACAGAGCUUCCACUACACUUUCAGGAUUUAAAAACUCCAUAUCAAGCCUAUUUUUUUACACAAGAGUUUCUUGAAAAUAUUGCAGAACAAACAAAUUUAUAUGCUCGACAGUACGACAUCAAGACAACAUUUGUUACCAAUGCUGCUGAGAUCCGGAAGUACAUUGUCAUGAGUUUCAUACACAAUAAAGCAUUACACUAAUCUUAUUUUUUUGUAUUGAGGCACAAAAUAUACAUUUCAAGUUUAAUUUCGCUUUUUUUACCCUGACUAUUUUUGUCCCUUUAGUCGGCAGGUCUGCCUUAAAACUGGGGGAGGUUUUUUCAUCCCCAAAGCUUUAAAGGUUUAUGAUAAACUUUUUUUAAGCCUCGAAUUCAUUUUUAUGUUAUGAAUUUACCCGCCUAUGAUUUUUUUUCAUAAAAUAAAAAUUG